CCCUCUCCUCUGAUCUGGUGCGCAGUGAUCAUGCUGCUGCAAUAUAGCAAGAUCCUGGCUGGAACAUGUUUAUCCCCAUUCCCCCUCUCUCCCUCUCUCUCUCUCUCUCUCGCUCCCUGAAUUCACACUGAAUUAACCCGUCCAGUAGCUGGUGCCAAUGCAUGUGCCGAAUGCCUGUCUAAAGUGGCCUGCUGUCGUCUCGUCCUCCUCUGCCUUCCUGCUGUUUGUGGUGGAGACUGUAAGAUGGGAGAAGACCUAUGACAGCAUGAGAGCUACAGCCCUCCCUGCCAGCUCCGUCUCCGAAGACCUGGGCUGCAGACGGGGAGAAUUCAGCAGGAAACACUACGGCUCGGUGGAGCUGCUAAUUUCAAGUGAUGCUGAUGGAGCCAUUCAGAGAGCGGGAAGAUUCCGAGUUGAGAAUGGAUCUUUGGAUGAGAGUAAUGACUACCUGCCAGGAAUGUGGAGGAGAACGGACGUUCACCUGGAGAACCCCGAGUAUCACACACGAUGGUACUUCAAGUAUUUCCUGGGAAAAGUUCAUCAAAACUACGUAGGAACCGAUGCAGAGCGGAACCCGUUUUUCCUGUCCGUCGUCCUCUCCGACCAGAACAAUCAGCGCGUACCGCAGUAUCGAGCGAUCCUAUGGCGGAAAACCGGUACACAGAAAAUCUGCCUUUCAUACUGUCCCACAAAAACAUUAUCAGUGAAAUCUAUAUUAAGUGCCAUGAACCUCGAUAGAUUUGAGAAAAGCCCCAGGGAGAUCCUCAACCCAGAGAUUCAGAAGGACCUGCUGGUGUUAGAGGAACAGGAGGGCUCAGUGAAUUUUAAGUUUGGAGUUCUUUAUGCCAAAGAUGGUCAGCUGACAGAUGACGAGAUGUUUAGUAAUGAAGCCGGAAGUGAAAGUUUCCAAAAAUUAUUGAACUUGCUUGGAGACACCAUCACGCUGAGGAGCUGGAUCGGCUACAGGGGAGGACUAGAUACCAAAAAUGACACAACGGGAAUACAUUCCGUCUACACUGUUUACCAAGGGCACGAGAUCAUGUUCCACGUCUCCACCAUGCUACCGUACUCUAAAGAGAACAAGCAGCAGGUAGAAAGAAAACGUCACAUUGGGAACGACAUUGUGACCAUCGUCUUUCAGGAAGGGGAGGAGUCUUCUCCGUCUUUCAAACCCUCCAUGAUCCGAUCUCACUUUACCCAUAUUUUCGCCUUAGUGAGAUACAACAAACAGAACGACAGUUACAGGCUAAAAAUAUUUUCGGAAGAAAGCGUUCCGCUGUUUGGUCCCCCUCUCCCUUCUCCACCUGUCUUUACUGACCAUCAAGAAUUCAGGGAUUUUCUUCUAGUAAAACUAAUAAAUGGCGAGAAGGCGACUCUGGAAACGCAGACCUUUGCGCAGAAGAGACAGCGGACGCUGGACAUGUUGAUCCGUUCCCUGUACCAGGAUCUCAUGCCUGAUUUACAUAAGAACAUGCUAAACAGAAGAUCAUUCAGCGACGUCCUGCCGGAAUCACCUAAAUCUGCCAGAAAGAAAGAAGAAGCUCGGCAGGCAGAGUUUGUCAGGAUUGGCCAGGCGCUGAAGUUGAAAACAAUUGUACGGGGAGACGCUCCUACAAGUCUGGCGACCACGGGGCUGUGUAGGAAAGAGCCCUGGGAGUCCCAGUGUUUCUGUAACAGCUUUGCCCACGAAGCUAUCGGUGGAGAUUCCUGGGGGCCGUUGCUAUUAGUAUCCACAGACUCCGGGGUGUUGCUAAUAGAAGAUGGACAGCCAGCGAUUGCGGUAUUUGAUAAGUCGCUGCAGAUCAAACAGAUUCAUGUGCUGGAAAUCCUAGAUCUUCUGAUCGCGCGAGCCGACAAAGGGAAGGACGCCCGUCUCUACGUCUUCCGGCUGAGCACCAUUAAGAAGGGUCUGGAAGACAAGCAGGUGCCAAGGAACAAGUAUGAAUGCAGGGAAAAUAAACUUGAAAAAACAAAAGGAUGCCAUUUGUACGCUAUCAACACGCAUCACAGCCUGGAGCUGAGGAUCAUAGUGGCGAUCCGGAACAAGCUUCUGCUCAUCACACGGAAACACAACGCGCAAAACAGUUGCGCCGGCUUCUCGCCGGUGGAGGAGUUCCAGUACAUCAGGGAGAUCUGUCUGUCGGACCCUCCGGUGGUGAUGACCCUUGUGGACGGGCCGACUGGUGAAAAUGACAACAUGAUCUGCGUGGCGUACCGGCACCAGUUUGAUUUGGUGAAUGAGAGCACGGGCGAGUCCUGCAGGCUGCAUUAUGUUGAUGCUAGUAGGGUUAAUUUUGUUACAGCAAUUGAUGUGUACGAAGACGGAGAGGCAGGACUCCUGCUCUGCUAUAACUAUAUCUGUUACUACAAGAAGGUGAGCCCGUUCAACGGAGGCUCACCCCUCAUCCAGCCCUCAGCGUCCGACUUCCACUUCAGCUGGAACCAGGUCCCGAAUGCUGUGGUGUGCGCUUUCCCGUACAUCCUGGCCUUUACCACCGACUCCAUAGAAAUCCGUCUAGUUGUCAACGGCAACCUGGUGCAUACAGCCGUGGUGCCGGAACUGCAGCUCGUGGCCUCGCGGUCAGAUAUAUACUUUAAAGCAGCCGCUGCAGUGGGCUCCUCAUCCAACAGCAGCUCGAAGGACACAAGCUCCCACAGCUCCCCACAGUCCCCCACGGGAUACGAGUUGCCGGUGUUCCCCACCCUGCCUGGAGAUACAGGUGAGGUCCAGUAUACAAACAUUUACAAGAUUCCCCUCUGUAACCUCGUGGGACGGAGCAUCGAGCGGCCUUUAAAAUCCCCGUUGGUUCCCAAAGUCAUCACAACACCCACGUCCAGUGGCAUCGCCUGCAUUCCAGUCACCCACUCCCUGUCGCUGUCCCGCAUGGAGAUCAAAGAGAUUGCGAGUCGGACGCGGAAGGAGUUAUUAGGUCUUUCUGGUGAGACGACCUCCAAGUCUGAGGGAUCGCAGCGGCAGAAGAAGCUGGCCAGGAGGCAGGAGGAGGAGGAAGAAGAAGAUAAGCAAGAAGCUAUGAGAUCAACCAGCAGUGACAGGAUAAAUUCUGGCUCUUUUGAAAGCAAUUCAGAAGGACAGCGUCACUGUUCUACCAGUUCGGACCCCGAGUCUAACGUCAGCGUGGAGGAGAGCCCACCUUUCAGCAGCCCCUUCAACAUGGCCACGUCCUUUGAUGAAGACUUUGUGGAUCUGAAGUGAAGACAAUCUCCGUGUCCCGUGUCCUUCCCACCCCUCUCUCCUCACAAAUGUCCAGUCCUAGUAAGGAUCGUCCUAACACUGCUGCUGGGGGUAGGCACACAGAGUUCUCGCACGCUGGACCGCCGCGUCCUGUUGCCAGCGUGUCACUGCCGCAGGACCUAGGUUUGUUGCCUUUUUAUAUAAAUAUAUAUAUAUAUCGGUUAUAGUAUAUAUCUUGUGAUCCACAGAAGAGCUGACACAAUAAUGAUUUUAUUCUACUUUACACGUCAAAUCCAACCAGAACCGUACAAUCCGUCUGGGUUCGAAAAAUGCUAUUUAUUCCGGCGUCUACGUUAUAUGAACAAUCAUCAGAAAAUGUCACCGUCACUUUAUUUAUCAAUUAUCAAUGUACUUAAUAAUACAAGUUUUUAAUAUUGUUGUAUAAUAUUGUAGGGUUUACAUUACUGGGAAUUAUUUGCCCUUUUCUCAUAUUCAUUCAAGAGAUCUGCAGGACAUUGCCCUAUUCCGAUUACCCCGAGAGAGACAUAGUGAUAUAUUCUGCAGAUUAUUACAUUACUGACCUCUCUAGUGAUCUGCAGAACAUUGCCCAAUCUACCCCGACAGAUACAGUGAUAUAUUCUGCAGAUUAUUACUGACCUCUCCAUCGACCUGCAGAACAUUGCUUUGCUCCAUCUACCCCCAUAUAGAUAUAUAUUCUGCGGAAUAUCUCAAACUAACAAACCAUGAUUUAUUUUGUCUUUCUGAACAUGAUGGGGACGAUUAAAUUGUUUUAUGGGCGCCAACUUGGGCUAUUCAAUUGUUGCCCCCGUUGGGCAUGCAUGCCCUGUAUGCGCGCCCAUUAGUACCGGGUUUAGCCGCGUAAAGCAGAUAAACCUAAGGUGUUAAAACCACAGAGUUUACACACUUUUCAGCUUGCACCGCAGGGGGCUUCGAGCUGAAAUCUGGAUCUGCGGCUGCAGCUCGCCCGAAUGGAGCAACAAUUGAAUUGCUCUGUUGGGCGCCAUCUAGUGGCGGCUGAGGAGACCAACAAUUGAAUCGGCUCCGAUGUGUCUUUUAUGCUGGUAUAUGGGCUUUAUCACACCCCGGUUUCCUAAGGCUGGCCCGCGUUAUGACUUCUGCUGCUACUUAAUGUUUAUUGUCCUAUUCUCUCCUGAAACUGUCAUUUCCACUCAUAGUGAAUUACAGGGAAUCUAGAUAAAUAUUUUUCUACAGUGACAGAAAGAUUCUUCCUCCAUGUAUCUAAGCUGCUAUUCCCCCACGCUCUGCGCCUGUGUACCCAGGUACUACUGUACCCCUGCUACAGGGAGGAGAAAGAUUUAGUCAUUCAGAGUCUGUGCCACCAAAAAAUGACCCCUCCACCCCCAAAAAAAAAAAAUGCCUGAAGCCGCUACGGCCCAGAGCCACAGCUGAAAUACCGACAUUGCUAAAUCCAAAAUAUUUCAAGAGUGUUUCUCAGACUCCUAUUUCAUAAAGCAAAAUCAUUUGUCCGUUGUGAAUAGUCUACUAUAAAUAUGGCCAUUUACAGUGUAAUAACCCUCUAUAGAGUGAUGCAUGAUGCAGCUAGUCGCCAUGACAGACACAUGAAAUGUCAUGCGACUUACCUGUACACUCACCUGGAGACACAGACAGGCAGAUCAGGGGUAACCUCUACCCAGACAGCCCGACCAGGAGUAACAUGUACACAGAUAGACGUAACAUGUACACGGACAGGCAGAGCGACCAGGAGUGACCUGUACCUAAACAUAAAUGAAUAUAUACAAACAAACCAAGCGGAACAAACAGACCAUAAGUAACCUGGCCGGACGGACAGCUAGACAGACCAAGUAUUACCAGUAUAGAUAGAUAGACAGACAGACAGACAGACAGACAGACCGACCAAGUAUUACCAGUACACAGACAGACAGACAGACCGGGGGUCACCAGUACACGGAGAAAUACCAGUACACAGACAGACAGACAGACCGGGGGUCACCAGUACACGGAGAAAUACCAGUACACAGACAGACAGACCGGGGGUCACCAGUACACGGACAGACAGACCGGGGGUCACCAGUACACGGACAGACAGACCGGGGGUCACCAGUACACGGACAGACACACCGGGGGUCACCAGUACACGGACAGACACACCGGGGGUCACCAGUACACGGACAGACACACCGGGGGUCACCAGUACACGGACAGACAGACCGGGGGUCACCAGUACAUGGAGGAUUACCAGUACACAGACAGACAGCCCUGGGGUCACCAGUACACAGACAGACAGCCCUGGGGUCACCAGUACACAGACAGACAGCCCUGGGGUCACCAGUACACAGACAGACAGCCCUGAGGUCACCAGUACACAGACAGACCAGGGAUAACAGUCUCCUUAGGGCGAGAUGGGCCUGCAAAGUAAUGAAAUUAAUGUCACAACCCCCAGUACUAGUGCUCCUUUCUCAUAUGCCACAUGGACAGAGUAACAGUACUCCUCUGUUGCUAGCGGGUAUGAUUACCUGUAAGGGCUAUUCCCCUCUGGUGGUCUGCAGAGAAUUGUGCCCGGAGGGCACAUAUAUAGAUACUCAGCGGAGGCUCUGCCCAUUGCAGGAACGUGCUAUAAUCAUUGUGGUGCCAUCACUGCCAUUAUAAUGUCAGACUUCUAGAUGCAUCAGCCCGGCUAGAUCAGGGAAAGGAUAUUCCUGUGACUAGUGAGGCUAUCCUGUAUAUCUGGCCUGCAGAACUGUGCCUGAAUGAUGAUACCACAUCUAUCCAACCAUCACACGUUAUCGUACCUGUGUACUGCAGAUCGACCCCUUCCAAGGGACCUGUGUGGCCAUGUUUUAAGGAUUUCCCCAAUCACACGUCAUAUGGAUUAAUCCAGAGGGAGUGGGCCGCAGAUCGCAGAACCUCAAAAGUGCAAUCAAAAUAUGGCUAGCUGGGGCACUGGAAUGAUGGUGACCCCCCCCCCCAAACACUCACCCUAGUUUUAGUUAUAGAUGAAACACCAAGCAUGUUUACAUUAUAACAGCUGCUUGCAUGUAACAUGUACGUGGACUAACCCCAGCCUAUGCAUUCCUAUCUGAUGGUACCAUAACCUGCCGUAUAAUCUCCUCACGUGUAGAUGGAGGAGACGGGUGUCGGAGAUUUACUACCGUGGAACUACAACUCCCCCUAUAGGCUGUCAGAGCAUAAUACAGGUUAUAGAUCAUCCCCUGCCCGGCCUUCCCCUAAAUCCCGCAUAGGAAGGAGAGCGCGUAGGCCAGACCCCAGUGAUACGACCGCUCCCAGGUAACGCAUGGUGAUGUUUAUUACGCGAUUGCCCCCAGAGCACAGCAAUGUGUGACCACCUGUGAACCACAUGGCCGCACCCACCCCCCUACACCCCCCCUCCUGCACUUCAGCUGAUAGACCACCUGUAAAAUGUGAACUCUGGAACACUAUCGAGACGACGAGCCUUGCGCAGAACAUUACAAAGACAAAAAAAAGAAAGGGAUAUUUUUUUGCAGAUUUAUUUACUUAUUUAUUAUUAGAUAUUUAACUUGUUGAAACAAAUGUUACCACGCCGAGGUUUGUACAAAUCUGUUUCUCUUUUUAUUUUAUUAGCCCCCCCCCCCCCCCCCCCGUCACCUUAUUUUUGUCCGGUUGCCCCCACGCCCUGACCUUUAGCGGUGGUUUUGUAUCUGAUUCUGUACAGUUAGACUGUUGCUGAACUUCUGUGAUACCAGAAAUGUAACAAAAAGAAGAUUUAUCACCAAGUGUCUUAAACUAUAUUGUAUUUCCAUUAUUUCUAAGCCAAGUGAUAAUGUCAAUGUUUUGGUGUUUCAAAUGUGGCCUGUAUAAAUACUGAAGUAUUAAUAAUUAUUACCACAAUAUUUGGAAGUGCCGUGGGAUCACCGCUGUGGAGGUAGAACCGUUUUGUUCUUGAUAUGUAAUAAAUAUUUAUGAAAUUUG